CUGCAGUCAACUCUUAGCUCCCCUUGUGGUGAGGUGUGUUCACCUUUAAUGACCAGCUGCCAGAGACCACCACCCACACUUGCAUAAAGUUUAGCCUGAAACCCAAGUCUCUGCCCCUUGCUGGCUGGCUGUGUAUACAUUUCUGAGUACAGCCCUCUACAGCAGGAGUCUCAGGUUUAUCCGGAUGCAGAUGUGAAGAUCAUUUGGAAGGAGAGCUCUAACAGGAGAAGGAGGGAGCCAUUGAAACCUGGAGGACAGACAAGGAGGGAGCCUUUUUCAACCUUAAAUCAGAGCUGAGAGGAGAAGGAGGCUUGAAGUCAUGGCAGGAUUCACAGCUCUGUGGCUGUUCUUUUUGGGUCACCUUUUAACAUCAUCCUUAGCCCAGCAGCUGAGACCCCAAGGGCCCCCAGGACCUCCGGGACCUCCUGGAGAACCCGGCAAGGAUGGCAUUGAUGGAGAUACUGGCCCUCCUGGUCUGCCUGGUCCCCCGGGCCCAAAAGGCAAAGCCGGAGGAACGGGUCCACCAGGAGAAGAAGGUGUGGCUGGACUUCCAGGAGGAGAUGGUUUGCAAGGACCAAAUGGCUUACCAGGCUCUGAUGGAUCUCCCGGACAGAAAGGGGAACCAGGCCCUGUAGGACUUCCAGGAUCUGCUGUGAGAGGACCCCCUGGACCACCAGGCAAAGUUGGAGUUCGAGGGCUGUCAGGUGGACCUGGUCCCAUUGGACCCACUGGACCCACAGGACCUCAAGGACCCCCAGGCCCUCCUGGCCCACGUGGGCCUCCAGGCUUUGCUGGGGUUCAUGAUGGCAGUGGAGAUCUUCAGUGUCCUGCUAUCUGUCCUCCAGGCCCCUCAGGCCCACCUGGAAUGCCAGGUUUCAAGGGUCACACAGGCCACAAAGGAGAACGAGGAGAAUCAGGAAAAAAUGGUGAAAAGGGUGAUCCUGGUCCCCCUGGUCCUCCUGGAGUCCCAGGCACUGUAGGUCUGCAGGGACCACGAGGUUUGCGAGGUCUUAUUGGUGCUCAAGGACCAGUUGGAGACCGAGGGCUUCCUGGCUUCAGAGGACCUCCUGGACCUCCAGGCUCACCUGGGAAAGCUGGUGACAUGGGAGAAAAGGGCCCUGAAGGAUUCAGAGGUCCAAAGGGUGACAUUGGAAGGCGUGGCUCUAAAGGGAUGCCUGGUGCUGCUGGACCCAAAGGAGAACCCGGGAUGCCUGGCCGGGAUGGAAGAGAUGGUGUACCAGGACAUGAUGGUGAGAAGGGGGAACCUGGUCGCUUUGGUACACCAGGAGAGAAGGGCCCCACUGGAUUACCUGGAUUAGGAGGAAAGGCAGGAGCGAAGGGUGCAAAGGGUGAACAGGGUGCCCCUGGUGAGAUGGGAGAAGCAGGUCCAUCUGGAGAGCCAGGUAUUCCUGGAGACCCUGGUGUUUCUGGAGAAAGAGGAGAGGCUGGACCCAGAGGACAAGAAGGUGCAAUUGGUCUUCAAGGUGGCAUUGGAGCCCCAGGUGUAAGAGGUUUUCAGGGAGUCAAAGGUGCUAUGGGUGAUCCGGGUAUGCCAGGACCUACUGGACUUCGUGGUGAAUAUGGAGACAGGGGUCCAGUUGGAGCUUCUGGUCCUAAAGGCAAUGCGGGUAUCGCUGGUAUCGACGGACUUCCAGGCGAUAAAGGAGAAUCAGGAUCACCAGGAACAGUUGGACAGAAAGGAGAGCCUGGUGGUAGAGGAGAGAGUGGUCCAAAAGGUAUUAUGGGACCGAGUGGUGUUAUCGGCAUACGAGGACUACCAGGUCAUCCAGGUCCUAUGGGUUUCCAAGGAGAACCAGGCAUCCCUGGCAUCACCGGAAAACCUGGAGUACCUGGAAAGCUGGUGAGUGAACAGCAUAUCCGUGAACUCUGCAGCGGAAUGAUCAAUGAUCAGAUUGCACAAUUAGCUGCCAAUUUGCGAAGGCCUUUGUCUCCUGGCAUGGUUGGACGCCCUGGACCUGCUGGCCCACCUGGAACUCCCGGAGCAUCUGGCAAGAUUGGUCAUCCCGGAAACCGUGGACCACCUGGAUACAGAGGGCCUCCCGGAGAACUUGGAGACCCUGGUCCCAGAGGUGACCACGGAGAAAAGGGAGAUAAGGGAGUCAUUGGAAGAGGAAUUGAUGGUGUAGAUGGAGAUCAGGGACCUCAAGGUCCUCCUGGUGUGAAUGGCAUUACCAAGGAUGGUCGUGAUGGUGCUCCUGGCGAUCCUGGGUUACCUGGUGAACCUGGAAGAACUGGAUCAACUGGUGCACAAGGAACCUCUGGCAUCUGUGAUACGUCAGCCUGCCAGGGACCAGUAGCUGCUGGGAAAUCUCCCAAUCCUAAAUCAUCAUAAAACAGAACUUAAAGGACUAAAUAUUUAAUGAGUAAGACAACGAAGGAUACAGGGAAGAGACAAAAGGUUGGCUCUUCUGGACAGAUAUUUAAUAAAUUAAACAGACUGUCAAGUGAUAAUGCAGCUCUGUGAAUAAUCCAGGAAGUAAUCCAAGAAACAUUUUAAUGAAGAGGUGCUAAACACUUGUAUUUUAAAUUUUUUCAGGUGUGUUUCCUUCUGACAAUAACUCAGAUUGGAGAUGCUUACACAUUCUCUUCCAAGCUGACUUUUUCUCCCUUUUUGUCACCUACCUGGUUUAAUUGCCAUUUGAACAUUACUCAGAGUAUAAACACUCAACAUUCUUCAAAACCUACGUUUCUUUAAUAAAAUGAUCCCAGCCUACUAAAAGUGGGCACAGCACAUUGUAUAUACUUAAUACUAGUUUCACAUGUGAAUAUAUUGUGUACAUUUCUGCAUAAUUCUGAAUAUUCAAAAAUGCACAUCUUGUUUAGACCCUUACGAGCAACACAGUCACAAUGUUAUCAGUAACUCAGUGGAAACAAAUCCUAUGUAUACAGCAUAACAGAAAAAUAAAUGAGCCUUUUUUAUAACCA